UCGCCAAAAAGCUGCUCUGAAUUUUGAGAGGUUUCUUUGACGUUUGUGCCGCUUCAUCAGCUGCCAUUUCUUUCGUGGAUAUCGUUGGAGAUUUCUUCAAGAUGUCGACUGGGAAAGCUAAGGAUUCUGGCUUUCAUCACGAUGCCGAUGUUUUACAGAUGGAAGAUGAGGUCGAGCAUGAGCCUGAAGAUACAAGAGAUGAUCAUUUACACUCCUCUACGCAAUCGGAGCCAGUGCCAAGUGAACACUACUGCAAUAGUCCAGGUCGUGGUCCAAGUCGGCAGGGUAGCCAUGGUAACCAGUCCUUUCUCCGUCACCGAGCGAGAACAAAGACGAAUGAAAGGAUGGAGGAAGAGGAGUUUGUUUUUGUGGAAUCGCCAGAGAAUGAAGUUGAAGCGCAGCGUAUGGAACAGAACUAUAUGUUUGGAUUUAAGAAAUGGAAGAGUCAUGUGACAAAGCGCCCUCUACAGGAAAGGUCAGAGGUCGUUCAGGAGCUCUAUAAACCACCAUUAGAGAUUAAACCAUUUUCCUAUCCUACAAUUGGAGUGUCCAACGUGAUUUAUGCAUUGUUGAUCGGAUGGUUGAUGGCUUUGGUAUACUCCUUAGUUGGACUUCUGAUGUUUUUCACCAUAAUUGCAUGGAGACAUGGUAUAUACUGUUUUAAGCUCGCAUGCUACUUCUUAUGGCCAUUUGGAUAUUUUGUACAAGAGCAAACUGAGUAUAGGUAUAUGGAUGCUAAUGACUCGGUUAGCACAGAUGGAGAGAGUGUGGUCAAUUCUGCUCAUAACGUCCGACCUAAUGAUAAUGCUCGUCUCGUGACAUCACUAUCAUCAUCAAGCGUCAGUAACUCAUAUCGCAGGAUAGAUAACAGUCAGUAUUGGAAAAGGCCUUCUACGUACGUGUGGCUUCUACUAGGGGUACCUUUUGUUCUGCUACUUCAUCUUUUGGUAUUCUUCAUAUCAUGGAUGACUAUUAUAUUCCUGCCUGUGGCAAAGCUGAAUAUGAUGGCAAUCAAAAGAUUACUGUUUCUACCUCCUGAGAAGCUGAAAGUUAGCAAAACCACUGCCUUAAAGCCUGGAGAGCAAUCACAUGAGGUUAUCAUGUGCUCAUAUCAAGCUGCUAACUUCUACUCAUACAAAUACACUGUAGAUGGCAUGAACAUCUUCUUUGUCAACAUGCUUUUCUUUGUUGUCAUCGCAGUCAUUGUCGGAUUUGCUGACACGAAAAACAGGUUUACUACACCCGGAGGCAGAUUUGCUAUGGGGCUUCUUGCUAUUAUACCAUUGGCUCACUAUAUUGGCAUGGCUAUCGCUAGGUAAGUGAGUCCUUAGGCA